CAGUCUCAACUAAGGGUAGGCACCGUGUCUGUUGGCUUUCUCCAGUCAGUCCGAGACAAGUGUCUGUCCGGUGUGCAGUCAUUCAGUGGACACGACAUACAGCAGACGCUAUUCUUCUCGUUAGUUGGUCCUUCGACCAUCACCAGAGUGACAUACUCUCUAACAUAAACCGUGACUUUACCAAAAGUAUUUGAGUGCAUGUCUUGGGGGCAAUUGUGACUAUAAACAGUGGUAAACAUUGCUGCCGAAAUUUAACUUGUGAGCCAUUUUCAUAUUUGAUUGGAACUGUGCAUAGCAAUUUGUGAAAAUAUGGAAAUCUGAAUUGAUUCAUCUCCAUCAUCCCCCGUCUCUCCUUAUCAGCAACGCGCUCUCUGGUUGCAAAAUUUAUUAUUUAUGCAAAUGCAAUUAAGUCUGUUGGCAGUUUAUUUUCAAAAACAGACAACCUAGACUCAGGCAAACGAACAUCAUAUACAACAGGAGGACGUAUUUAAAAUUUAUCCAAAUGAAUAUUCCUCAUUGAAACAUCCCGGGUAAAUGUUUCGUUCUUCUGCAUUUUUCAUACCAUAGUGUCAGUUUUGAGUGUACACUGUGGAGGAGUCUCCCUCGAACCAUCAGGUCAACCCUCUGACCCACGAGAACCCCUAUGGUAAUAGUAUACCUAUUGAUUAAUUUAUAAUACUCAAAAUAUUUCGAAUGGAUACCAAAAUUUUUCCACCCUCUUGAAGUUGCAUUAAAUUAGAACGAAUCUCAGAAAUCUUCGCCAGCCCCUAUAUACUUGAGGUAUAUGGAAUGUGAAACAUUUUCCGACAAAAUUAAUCCAGAGUAUUUUAAUGCAUCUACUCAACAAGACACUCACUCAGUGGUAGAUUUACGUGCUCUCAAAACUAAUGGAAAUAAUAACCCAGUGGUGUAAAUAAAAUUAAUUAGAAAGCGCCUACGAGGGUGUUCUUGAAAGUUUCACAUUUUAUGUGCAGCCAAAGGAACUUUUCACACCCCACUGUAUACAACCCCCAUAAGCAUUCACUCCCUACCCCAAGAGACCUUAGAUAACUCGUAUAUUGUGACAGUGGUAAAUGCAAGAAAUUGUAUCUAUUUCCUCAAACCUCAAAAGAUUCUCACUCAAAGAAAACUGAUAUUAGAAUAAGAGAAUGUGUUGAACGAUAUUUCUAUUUUAUCAAAAAAAGAAACUUCAAUUGUACUCAAAGUAAAAGUAUUUUUCAGUGUUGUAAAAUUAAAUGUGAAUGUUGAACAUUUUAUGUCAGAAGUGAACACAAGUGAAUCUAUAAGAGAUCAUAUAUCGGUGCAAUAGGGAACAAGAGUACACACAAUUUUGUGAAAGAACUAGGAAAAGUGUUGUGAAGAGGGGCAAAAAAAAGUCAAAGACAGGAAAGAGAGUAAACUUAUCCAUUUCUUAUAUUACUUCUUCAACCGAUACUUUGUUCUUGGCAAGAAAGAUAUAGUGCUUCUGUGAUGGGACACGAAGAAGAAGCAUCUACUGUUUGAGUUAAGAAUCACCAAAGGGCAUCUACCGGAAUCGCACCCAAAGACCAUUGUACUGUCGCUUCUUUUGUAGUUAUAAGAACUGAAAAUAAACUGGGAAAUUUCACCAAAGCGAAAAGACAUUUUCAGCUGGAAUAGACGGAAACUGGUCUCUCAGUCGAUGACUCUACGUGUUUACAAUGUAGGGGAGUUUGUGGAAAAACCACCAGCAAUUAAUGCCACUACACCAUGGAUGAAGCAUGCAUCGGAGCUUGACAGAGACCGCCUCUUCUAGUGGUGGAAUUUACCGAUAAUCAUCGACUUAAUCACUGUGCCACUCAACAUGUCACGAAGCUCCAAGAAAAUAAAGCCCAAAGGGCUUAUUUGGACAUUGUUGAGUUGCGUCAUUGCAUUCAUCCUCUCCGGAAUUGACAUGGUGAAUGCUCUCAAGAGAGGACGAUUACUGGUACCAGUGACAUAUACAGCACUUGAGGGCGAUUUACGUGUUCAGCUGCAGAAUGUCCAGUUGGAUGAUUUGGGUCACAAAAACCAGGAUCAUCGUCUGCAUAUAACACGCAUCGAGGAUUCAUCCCGCACAACAGUUGGCAUCAUUGACAUCUAUCCAGAUCCCUUUUCCAACGUCACCCAGAUCACAGUUCCCUGCCAGUAUUUCCUCCGUGGUGGACUGUAUGAGUUUGAAGUUGUGGGUAGUGAUGUCACCACCCAGAAGUCCAGUCGGAGUGACAAUCCGCCAAAGGAGCGUCUUAGGCAGCAACUAGAUGUGAGAUGGCCAAUGGCUAAAUUAAGUGUAACACCGGAAUCCAUUGGAACGUAUCCACAGGAGCCGGUGGAUGUUAUCUUGGAAUUUCCUAGUGUUGAGUGUAACUUCCCAAAUACAGACUCUUUGGAUGUGCCCGAGUUCUGGCUUGAGCUCAACUACUGUGGCCACGAGAUUUAUUGUGACAGUAUGAAUGUAACCAAGUCGCAGAUUUUAUAUGCUGAACAAGUUAGGGGUUUCCCACGGACUCGAAUCGUUAAGCUACGGUGUGAAUUAUUUGGUCUUGCCGGACACUAUGUGCUCAAAUUACGCCCAACACCACCCACACCCAACAUAGUAUCCGCAUCAGCAUUUAUUAAGGCUGAUUGGAGCGACCAAUUUGUGUUCAACGUUCACGCCCGCAGCAUAUUCCCAUGCGAUCCAAUGACUGGUGGCAUUGGGGUGCUGUUUGAGUAUCCGGCAUGCAUCCUCGAUCAGGCGGAUCGUGUCCGUUUAUUUGCUAAAUUGCGUGCAGAUGUUGCCUCAUUGGCGCCACCGACAUCACUGCACUACGUCACGGAGCAACGUGUCGUCCGUGGGCAGCAUUCUCUGCAUUUCGAUUGUGACCUCUUCUCUGAAAAAUAUGUGGAGUACUGUUUCGUGUAUGUGAGUCAAGCCAUCUCUGGUGCAGUAGCUGACAUCCGUAUGGACUGUGUACCAACGUUACCCGUCAGUGAACAAGAUACUGGAGGAUGGGGACCCUUCAGCGAAUGGACACCAUGCUCAACAACGUGUGCUGGAGGCACAAGGAAUCGCUAUCGAUUCUGCGAUUCACCACCUCCACGUUAUGGAGCAAAAUUCUGCGAAGGUCCAGCAGUGGAGACAGAACGUUGCGGUGGACCAGAGUCUGGCACAUGGGAGUGCCUGUACGGAUCAGGAAACUCCUUAACUGGCGAAGUGCCAGCCGAUCGUCCAGAAGUGAUAGCAGAGAUUGGACCAGGCUGCCGUUGCGGAUGCAUUGUGCAUUUGGGUGCUGUAAAAUCUCGCCGUCUGAUUGCCUCAUCCUCCCGCAGUUGCCCAGGAAGGACAUUCUGGCUGGUUCAAGCAGAUGAAAAGUGUCACAUCCUCUUCAAACUGGAUUUCUUCCGCCUCCCAUGUGCCACGCAAUAUCUCAAGAUUCGCGAUGGGGAUUCACUAUCUUCCGAGUUAAUUGGUGAAUUCAUCGGAGGAUACACACGUGUUCCAGACAGUGCAACGUCCAGUGGUUCCCAGAUGCUUCUUGAGUUCCUCUCUGAUGAACUCGCUUCCAUGGGAGAGUCCUGCGGGGGUGGCUUCUUGGCUCACGUUCAACAAAUAUGUCAUCAGAAUGCAAGUUUUCCGGUAACUAGCAGAGCCAUCAUCCCAAUUUCAACGAUAGAAUCAAUUGCCAUGAAAUUAACCAUUGCUCAUGUGGCUGCCAUCGCCUUUGUGAGUGUGAUCAUCGUCAUGAGUCUCAUGCUGGGCACCCAAUACGUCUUUCGAUAUCGCAAAUAUCAGCUGGCCGAGAGCAAGGGUGAGCCUGAUUCGCCAGCACACACCCCACGGACGUCAUUGGGUUCGUUAGUGGGCCAUGGACCACCAUCCAGGGCUAUCUCCACCAGCACCCUUCUCUCCGACGUCAUAUCGCUUGUUAAGUUUCGUCCAGGCUCUAGACGAGUCAAGCACUCGAGGUUGCGGGAAAAUUUGGACACAGACACCCUCACCAAGAGUUGCUCUGGAGAUGGACAUGGCGCUGAAGUUGAUGAUGCCGAGGCCGAUAAGUCCCACAGCGAUGAUGACGCCAGUGUAAUGAGUUCCCUUACCAUCACCAAUGAAAAAAUCAAUGAGGAUAGUGGGAAGACGCCUGGAGAGUCAAAUAGUUCCAAUGGUGUAUCACCCAUGUCCCUGGUGAACACAAAUACUCCACCAUCGGAUGGUUCAAUUAGUAGCCUACCGCCAACGCCACUGGAUACCCCAAUUCCUGGUCGACGGAGCCUGGGAACACCAUCGGAGGCACUUGAGACUAAAAGUGUCAACGGAGGCAAAUCCACAAGAUUCCGCAGGGAAUUUCGCGGAGGCAGCAAUGCGCCAGACACUGACACAGAGAGCAUCAAGAGAAUGAUGAUUGGAGCUCAGAUAGCACGCAAUAAAAAGCUAAGCGUCAGCAAUGUCACACUGACGAAUGGGAGCUAUUCGCCGGCACUCAGCAUGACCAGUACAGCGACGAUACGCACCACAAGUCAGAAAGAGAGCAAGGAUAAGAGGAAUCGACAGAAACUCCUCGCAGGUCCAGGAUCUGAAUUUUCUCUGGCCAAUCCUGAAGAACUCGAGCUUGACUACUAUGACUACAAUGUGAUUAAUGCAGGAGCAGCCCCGGGAUCAUAUCUGGGCAUGGAUCCUGCCUAUCUGGUCUGGAUACCACCUCUAGAUCAGGGCAAUAUUAUCCGGGAACUUACAGAGAAGGAUGAUACGCCUGAUCGUGAGAGUCCUCAGUAUGAGGAAAUUCUACCACGGCAUGAGAAUAUCGAUCCGGGAAGUAACACAGAGACUCCAGAUGAGGAGACACCAUCCCUGAGUAACACCAAGACAACUCUGAUGAUGAGAAAAAUACCUGGUGUGCCCGAAACUAGUGGGAUCCAACUGCAGGACUUCACAAAGGUGAGAACAGCUAAGUAUCCCCAAAUGGCGGGAAGACUGAUUCCCACUCGAGAAAAUAGAGAAGAAGAGGAGGAAAAGGAGACUUCUGUGGUGAAGUCACCCAGCAAUUACUUCGAAAUGGAUGAUAUCAAGUUUGCUGACGAUGAUCAUGAUCACGAUGAUGACUGCAACAAGAGAAUUGAUUAUCACUCUGAUACCAAAAAACAUCCUGUUAAAACCUAAAAAUAUCCUUUUCUCAGAGUGCUUUUUGAGAAUCUUAUGAAAACAUUUUUUCCAACGAAAGCUUGAAAGCUCAAGAUGAAGUUUCAGGGGGUUUACAAUUUAAUUUUAUUAAAGUUAUUAAAAUGAAAAUAAUUGAAGUAAUGCUUUUUCAAUUAAAAUGUUUUAUUUAUAAUUUUUUUUUAAUGUUUAUUGUUUGCCUCGAUUGCAGCUAACUCCAAUGCAGCCUGGAAACCCGAUAUAGCUUCGAUUGUUAAAAUGGAUAAAAUUUAAAAUAAAGCAGAAUAUCGCAUUAAAGAAAAUUACGAAAGAUGAAAGUAGAAGAAAAUUUCCAUACUCCGUAAUAAUUUAAUUUGAUUCAAAAUAUAUGGCAAAGCGUCACAGCUUUUCGGAAUGCUCGAACUCACGAGAUAGGGCUCUGUGAAUUAGUUUUUCGCAUGAUCUUUCGGUGAUUUACUGGUCUACUAGAGAUUAAAUUGAUUCAAAAUUCACAAAAGCAUUUGAAAAUUUAAAAAAAAAUCGAUACUUAAACGAUUAAUUACCGACGAAGACCGAUGCAGUCGAGUUUGAAAUUUCAAUACCUUUCCAAAAAAAAAAUAAAUUUAACUGAAUCGGUUAAAAAAUGAACACUUCAAAAUGAUUGAUCUUUGAUCUUCAAUAAUUCAAAAUGGCGAACUUUCCGGUCAUAAGUAGGGGAGAUUGGGGCAAAAAGUCACAAAUAAAAAAAUUCAAAAUUCAAUAUCUUCCAAAUUAGAAAAGAUAGCGGCUCAAAUUUUUUUUCUAUAGAUAGUCUCCAUAGACCUUCUUCAAUGUCGUAAGUUUCUUAGAAUUCGAACAAGGAAUUUAGAAAAUAAAAAAUAUUGAAAUUUUUAGCCCUAUUUUUGAAAUAUUUUCCUUACAGAAAAUAACAAUUAUUAAACCUACUUAUUUUCCAAAAUUGAUGCACUGGUGAAUAUUUUCUAAAUAAUUUGGAUUUCUUCAAUACGAAUCCGCUACCUAUUUUAGAAUUUCACAAAAGUUCUUUUCUCCAGAAAUCCUUUUAUUAAAAAUGGCCACUUGGGGUAAAAAGUAACAAAAGGUAUAAAGCAAAAUGUAGCAAAAAAACGAAGCAAUUUGUAAUGUCUCACGGCGAAAAGAAAUGUCAUUAUCAUGUCUCGCCGCUUGUUGUUUGCAUUGGUCAAACGAUUUGCAGUCUUUUGUGUUUUUUUUUCCUAAAAUAGCUUGAAAAGCGCUUUUCCCGUUUUCUCACUUUUCUAGUAGAGAAAACAAUGUUUUACAAAGGUGUAGAUGAAUAAAUUUCCUAUGAAAAUAUGUCCUCUAGGUAUUUUUUUCAAAUUUACGGAAGCCUGUAAUGAAGCGAAUCAAAAUAUGAUAAUACCCCGUGACUGGUACUAUUUGCCCCAGCAUUUUUGAGAAUGAUCACAAAAUUACCUUUUAGAAAUUGGCUCGAUAAACGUAUUUCCUUACAAAAUAGAGGAAAAUUACUUUCACAAAGUUGUAGAGCGGUAAAUUUCAUAUAAAACUGCCCUAAUUAGAAAUUUUUGAAGCGCUCGAGUAGCUUGUAAAAAAAAUAAAAUAUCCGUUUUGUGACUUUUUGCCCCAGUCUCCCCUAUGCUUCGACGAAAUUUUCGCUUGGAUUACCUCUAAAAUAUAUCAGUAAAUCAUUGAAAAAGCUUGGGCCAAUUUUGAGAAGAACCGAAAUACAUGGUUUUGAAGGGGAUAGAGAAGGGAUAAGGGGGAAAAGGAAAAAAGACCGCCCAAGAUAAUGACCACUUAUAAGGGGGCAGCAAAGACUGGAAGUCGAUAUCUCUUACCGUUUAGCCUUUAGCCUGGGAACAAACUUAAGGUCAAGUAAAAAAGUAAUUUCCGAAAAAAAAAUUAAAAAUCGGUACUUUACCGAAUCAUUACCUAUGAAAACCGAUGCAUCCGUGUUUGAAAUUUCAAUACCUUUCCAAAAACUCCAAAUUUAACCAAAACGGUUGAAAAAUGGGUCUUCCAAAGUUCAACGAAAUGUUCGCCUGGACUACCUCUAAAACAUAUUCGAAAAUCAUUGAAAAAACUUGGGCCAAUUUUGAGAAAAACCAAAAAAUAUGGUUUUGAAGAGGAUGGAGAAGGUGGAAGUAAAAGAUUAAAAAACGCGUGGAGAUUAUGUUUUUUAUCGGGGGUCAUCGAAAACCGAAAGUUAAUAUCUUCUACCGUUACAGCUCCAGGACGGUGACAAUUUGAAACAAAAAAGAGGAUUAACUACUCUCAUUGAGUUCGAGCAGUAAAAAAAUUUAAGAAAAAAACAUUGAACUUAUUUUGGGUUUUAGUCAAAUUCAAUAGUGCAAACAUGCUUAGUUUUUAUAAAAUUUGCAAAAUCAGAGUUAAAAAUAUAUAUUUUUCUCAUUAAAAACCGAAAAUUAUUAUUCUAUAGCUUUUAAGGUAUGACUUUUGCUUUAAAAACGUUAACUAAUUAUUUAUUUAAUAAUUUUACUACUCAGCAAUUGAGUUGAUGUUUAAAAAGUGUAUUUCUUUCUCAAAGUUGUUGCAUUUCUUGUUGGAAAAUUCUUUAAAAUUGAGAUAUUUUGAGAAGUUUUAAUUAGUUUUUAGAUACCAAAAAAAAAAGAAUAAAAGUAGACCCCCUGAAGAGUUUCCUUAAUUGAAGGAAAAUAUCACAUAAAAGUUUGGAAAUUGUGUUUAUCAUGUACCGAGAGUGUAAGAAUCAUUAGCAGUCAUUAAUAUUGUGAUAUGAUAAUUGCAGAGUCAGUGGAGAAAAGAGAGAUCCUUGUGCAAUAUGAAUAAAUUUUUCAGCCACUCAAAAGGAAAAUCUCAUUUAGGCAGAAUGUUGAGUAAAGUUUAAACGGAAAGUUUAUAACGCAGAGUCUAUAUAAUUUUCUCUGAAUGAGAGACUGAAGAUGACGUUUGUAAAACUACCACUCUAACUCAAAUGUGCUAGAAAUAAGAAAAUUAAUUGCUACAGCCAUAAUUAUUACAAAAUAAUUUGAAAUCCAAAAACUUUGUAGUUUGUUAACAUGAAAGUUAAAUAAAUCAUUUUCAUCUUCUAAAGUAGCAAGUAAUGCAACGUGUAAUUAAUCUCCAGUAAUAAUUAGCUUGUAAUGUAACACACUUUAACAAACUAUGUAAAUGUGAAAAUCUAUUAUUUGGCAAAAAAAAAAGAAAUCUUUAAGGAUUGCCUCUCAGAGAGGACAAGUGGUGGAAUUACUCAAUUUAUGUUACAAUAUUCUCGUCAAAAAAAAAUUGUCAUAUAGGGAAAAUCACACGAAUAGCUUCAAUCUACUAUCAAAGAAGUAUAUUCCAAAAAAAUGGGAAAAGAUACCAAUAAAUGUAGAAUAAGAAAUAUUAACAAAAUAUAAAUAAUAAUAAAACUUAGACAUUAAACACUAUACGAUAAGAUGCAAGAUAUCUAGAAGAAGAAAAAAACACUAGUCAUAAUUUAUAUUUUGUUAUGUGUAGCAUAUGGCAUUUCUAAAACUAUGCCCCAAAGAAAAAAAAGACCGUAGAAUGAUUGUUAUUUUAACAAAAUUAUUAAUUUGGAAUUUUACCACUUGAAUUUUUAAAUAAAUCUGUACAUUGUACUUGGA